AUGAGCCUGCUACCCUCCACCACUUACACCGCUCCACCCCGGCUGAGCCGUGGUCGGCAGCUUAAUACGAUUGUGGAGGAGAAGGAAGAAGCGAGUCAGGGCGUUAAGAGCGACAGUGAGGGAGAUGGGAGUGACUCGACCAUCAAGGGUCUUCUGGUGGGAUGGCAUCCACAGACUUUCACCGCUGUACCUCGCAAGAGUUCUCUCGCCACGACGUCGUUUGCAGAUUCGCCCGUCUCAUCGUGCUCAUCCUCGGCGCCGAGCAGUGUUGGGGAAGGUGAAGGCUGCCACCGCGCCUCGGUUCGGACCUCGUACAGCAGUGACUCGGGCACCGUGUUCAGCGACGAUGCCUCCCUAUCCAGCGAUCCCACCAGCUUUGCUUCGGAAUCCACCCGGAACAGUUGUGCCAGCAUCAACCGAUCGAGCCGCAACAGAUAUCCUGCUCUUUUGAUCCCCAGGAACUCGUGGGGAUCGAUGGGUGAUAGUCCCGUCAAGGAAAUCCCGUUGGGUAUGUCCCCGGCGACAAAGAUCCGCCUCUCGCCCGGAGUACUCUCCGCCCUUCCCAGGUGCGUCCCGGAAGGCAGCGCACCACCCUCACUCGGAGACAGCAACAGUACCACGUCAGAGGCUCCAGACCAUCUGGGAACCAGCGCUCCUGUAACUCCAGAUAUCAAGCAGUUGGAGAUAGGACCAGGAGAGAGCUGGGGUGGCCCGACACCCAUCCAUCUUCACUCGCGACCCCUCGAAAUAGCCCUCUAUGACGACCACAGUGUCAUCCUCUCACCGGCAGAGGCCCACUCGGCAAAUGCAUUGUCCAGCGUUCUUUCACCUGUCUGGACGGAAAUGGUGGUCAGUUUCCCGCCAGUGCCGGGAGGCACGCCUCAAGAUCAGUCGCCUUUGAUGCCCACGAUAGAUGAAAUCAACAAGCUGGACGAGGUAAAUGCACCAUCGAAUGGCUCCGAUCAAGGGGUCAGGCUUCCCUCGGACGCUUUACGCACACUCCAGCGCCUGGCACGCCAAAGAAGUCCUGAUGACGUCUCCUCUUCCUCUUCAGGCUCACGUCCGUCCAAGCGAUUGGGGGAAAAGCAAGAGAUGCGGGAGCUCACCGAUCCCCAACCUGCAAGUCGACCUCGCAGUGCAGAUGGCCAGACCCCUAUAUCUGACUAUAGUUUCUCGCAACUGAGUAUUCCCUCGCCCGGGGGAUUCUUUUCCUCUUUGCGAAAUGGCGCACGACAUACCUGGUGCCUCACCAAGUCCAGAGACCCGAGUGUGCCGAACACGGCGACGGCAGAGCGGUUCUACAAUCGACCUUGGGACAGUCCGAGUUCGAGUUCACUCAAUGUGGUCGAGACCGUACUGACGGUCGAUGACACCAACAUGACCGAAGGGCCUCCAACAGCACGACAAGCACAGUUUGAUCCCGCACCCGCGCCGAUCACGGAGGGGCCGGGACGGGAAGCCUUGCCGUCGGAGGAUGGCGACCUGUACGGCUCGGGCACCGAUGCUGGAGGACCCGUCGAAACUGGACCGGUCAGUUUCGAGUACGACGAGAAAUAUUACGUGGAGCUCAAGUCCGCGGCGGGCCAAAACCUAGCUCGCACAGGCUCGUGGCUCGCCGCACAAACAGGCUACUUGUCAUCCAUUCUCGGCUUCGACCCAAAUUUUGGAGCCCAGGUAGAGUCGAGAGCAUUGGCCGUGGAUCACGUCGAGGUUGGUCCCAAACCGCUUGGAGAAAAUGUAACGGUGGCUGCCCACGAGGGCAAAGAUGAAAGUAGCACCGCCAUCAUCGAUGGGCCUGACAUGGACAGCCCUUGCAGCGAUCCGGAAGCCGCCCAAGAGCCCAUCUUUCUGGCCGCAUUCCAGUACCUCCUCAGAAACCGCAAGCGCCGCGACGCGUUCAUCCACGCCACUUCACGCCUGGAAGCCGUUCAAGCUGCACGCGUGGCCAUGCCAGAGAAGCAUGUCACCAAUCUCUUGGGCCAGCACAUCCUCGUGGAACCGGUGCGGCCGAAAUACGCCGGUCCAUUCCGCCAGAAUCCACGUGUCACCGGGGUCUUUGAGCGCUCGGCCCAGCAACUGGUCUUCCAAACGGUCGAACGUCAACAACUGGCGCUGGCGUCGGUCGAGCCUUCCAACUGGCCGAUCGAGGCGUUGAGAGCCAUGUACCGUGGCCGUCUUCUUGCUUCGGCGGCGGCUUGUCAUCGGCUCAAGACCAAAGCCACCCUCCCGUUGGACGAUCCGGCGUGUGUGGGAAGCAAACGCAUCCACAUCUUGGAUAUUGGAGGCACCAGUUCGGCAUCAUGGGCAUGGAAUGCCGCGCUCGAAUGGCCCAACGUCAAGAUCUACACCGUCAUCACCAAAGAUCAAGCGCAGUGGCAGCGGCCCCCCGGAUCCAUCAAACCUGAAGCUCCAACGAACCAUCGGACCGUGUCGGUGCCACAUCUAUGGCAGCUGCCGUUCCGCAGUAGCCAUUUCGAUGUCAUCUCCGCACGCAGCCUCCACGCUCUCCUCAAGAGCAAUCCGGUCCCGGGGGUGCCGGAGAUCGACGAGUGGGACCUAACCCUGCGAGAAUGCCUGCGAGUGCUGAAACCGGGGGGUUAUAUUGACUACAUGAUCAUGGACUCGACAAUCGCACAUGCAGGACCACGAGCCGAGGCCAUGUCGGUGGAAUUUGGAUUCGAACUCCACCGACGUGGCUACGAGCGGGAGGCCGGCCGAAGCUGGCUACGGCGGUUGAAGAAGGAAGGGUUCGUGGGCGUAAAGAGAGCAUGGAUGUUCUUGCCCAUGGGCCAUCGGCGGCCCGAGGAAACGGAAGAGCAUGUCGACGGAUACACGGGCGGAUGGCAGUCGUGGCGGCAGGGGGCGAAGCCGUUUGUGCCUGCACCCCGACCGAUCAGCGAGGUGUCGACCAUCAGCAAGAUCGUCAAGCAGUACAUGGACGUGGAAGCGGUGCAAGGUCCUGUCGGCAGUACGCAGGACGUGGCUGAUCUGACCGGGCUCCUCGGGGCUCGGAUGUGGGAAGAGUGGUUGAUCAAGGUCCGAGCGGAGGCCGGGCGAGAUCGAGACCGGUGGUUGGAGGGGGUAGAUGAGAUGAUUGAAGAAGGCAAGGAGAUGGGCUCGGGCUGGAAGGUGCUGAUCGGGUGGGCGAGGAAGCCUCAACCCGACAAAAGACGGAAGAAGGCUGAACGGGCCGAGAUCACGGUGGCGGUGGAGGAUCUGGACGACUUGGACUUGACCUUCUCAGGCAGGGAGUCGCAGGAGACGGGAAUGAUUCCGAUGGUGAUUCAAGGAUGA